UCAGUCUUUGUCAUGGGAUAAUUUUAUUUUCCUAAAGCAGCUUCAAGGGCUUGAUUGAACAUUUGGACGGCAGAUCUGCUUCUUGAUUUGAGGCUGUGAGAAAAGAGAAUAAAUCCUGACCCGAUCUCUUAUAGCUAUCAUGGGAAAGGAGCUGGAGAGUCACUUUAAAAGAAAGUUCUAGCGGUCCUCACUAAAGCUCCAAGACAAACCACAAGAAUUCAAAGCAGCACUUGGACUUUCUCUCUGAAUCACUGGAUACCAGACGAGCAUGAGGAACUGCUCUGUUUAUUACCUUACCGGUAAAUACUUAAAACCCCGGGAAGCAUGAUGGAAAGGCUCUGCUUAUAGAUUCCAUAUGGUUUGUAAUAAUGCACGUGUGUAUUUUGUUUGUCAUCACAACAUGCACAGAAAUCUGGCCAAUAUUUAACAUUUGUUUUAGCUGAAGUAGCUCAGGCAGGAGGGCUUUUGGAAGGGUUUGACCCAUUAAAAAGUCCAAACAAACGGUUAGGUGUCUUAGAAGGCAGGCUACUAAUACUGAACUGAUAAAGUUAAACAUAAGUUUCCAAAAAGCCUUCAAUCAUUUUAGAGAUCCCAACUCCUACCUAUGACGUCGUAGCCUUAGGAGGAGGUUACUAUAGCAACGGUGCGUUGCGUGAUCGAUUUCUGCUUUGGUUUAUGGACAAAACAUAAAACUAGGUACUUAUUUCUGACGUUAUUCUAUAUUAAUUUUACAAAUAGAUUACAAAAACACUCUGGAUUAAGUUUUUAAGACAGCUCUCGUUUCGCUAACUGUUAGGGAUGCCAAAAUACCUUACGUAAGAAGUACCUUAAACGUUUGCGCCUCGAAAAUUACCUUUAGGAAAAAAACUGAACUCCUUAAAGUUAGCGUAGAAUUCACACACAGAGCUCCGCAAUCUUCUUUAAACCCUAAUAGACUACAAGAGUACAUAAAUUACAUGUCAGGCAGUGCAUGAGGAGGUAAAAGCUCGUAUCUGACAGCAGAGCGGCUCAUUCACCUGCUGAACACAGCGCGCGACCAGCGCAGCCUACGCACUUUGGGUUUGUCCCAUUGCAAGAGACGCGCUCAGUGCGCGCUCCCCGAGGACACCCAGCGGACCGGGCGUUAUAGAGGAGCGCUUCCAUCCGACCCUCUCAUCUGUCAAUCAAACAUGUGGUUCAUCAAUCUAGCUUUGCUCGUUCUCAAGCUGUCCGUGUCUGCGGAGGGAUUCUCCACGUGCCAGUCCUACAACUUGGACGACCACAAAUCUAAAAGGAUCGAGGCGGUGCGCGGACAGAUUUUGAGCAAGCUGCGCAUUCGGAGUCCUCCGGAUCCCGAAGCCAGCCCGCCAACGGAGUCGGUGCCGGUGGAGGUGAUGUUACUUUACAACAGCACGAAGGAGCUGCUGAAGGAGCGCGCGCGCCAGGCCGAAGCCGCGUGCGAGCGGGAGAGCAGCGAGGAGGACUAUUAUGCUAAAGAGGUGCAGCGGAUCAAUAUGAUGCCACUGCGCACAGAUACGAACUCAAUCAACCCUGUUCCUCAGAGCCCGUACUUCAGGAUAGUGGGCUUCGACGUCACCAACGUGGAGCGAAAUUCCAGUACUCUGGUCAAAGCAGAAUUUCGCAUCUUCAGAGCGCCAAACCCACAGGCGCGCACCACAGAGCAGCGUGUGGAAAUAUACCAGAUUCUCAAAUCUGAUGACGUGACAGCACCGUCUCAGAGGUACAUCGACUCCAGAACAGUUGCGCCUCAAGCUAAGGGGGCGUGGCUUUCUGUUGAUGUCACAGAGACUGUGAAGGAGUGGAUGGCGUUCAGAGAGAGAAAUCUCGGGCUCAAGAUCAGCGUUCACUGUCCCUGCUGUACAUUCGUCCCUUCAACAAACAAUAUUGUCCCUAACAAGAGUGAAGAGCUGGAAGCCAGAUUUGCAGGUCAUUUUCUCAUCAAUCUAAAUUUUUAUGAAAAACAAGGAAGGAUUGAAUUCAGCACAAAAACUCCCCAUUUGAUACUAACCCUGCUGCCCACCGACCGUCUGGAGAGUCCCACCAAGAAAAACCGCAAGAAGAGAUCAGCAGCAGACACAUCCGUAUGCUCACGCACUGAUCAGGGCUGCUGUCUGAGGUCUCUGUAUAUUGAUUUUCGUCGGGACUUGAACUGGAAGUGGAUCCACGAACCAAAAGGGUACAAAGCAAAUUUCUGUGCGGGGAACUGUCCUUACCUAUGGAGCGCAGACAACCACUACAACAUGAUUCUCCCGCUGUAUAAUAAAAUGAAUCCAGAGGCAUCAGCGUCUCCGUGUUGUGUUCCUCAAGACCUGGAGCCCCUCACCAUUGUUUAUUACCUAGGCCGAACCCCCCGUGUGGAACAGCUCUCCAACAUGGUGGUCCGGUCUUGCAAGUGCCGUUGAAGCAGUGGACGGGGAAGACAUAAAGAUCUCAGACGGAGGACAGGACACAGGUGCAAACUAACAUCUCAAUGAAAUGCAUCAAUGCUCCUCCCAAAAAUGAAAAUUGUCAUCAUUUACUCAUGUCAUCAUACCCUCAUGUCGUUCCAAAUUUGUUUGCAUUUCUUUCUUCUGGCAGACAUCAAAGAAAAUGUUCUGAAGAAUGCUGGGAACCAAACAUUGGACCUCCAAUGUGACACUGAGACAUUUUUCAAAAUAUCUUCUUUUAUGGUCUACAGAAGAAAGAAAUGAAAUUUUAUUUAUGGGUGAACUAUACCUACAAACUUGUGGGAUGUGGAAUAGCGUAUAAUCAUUCAUCAAGCAUCUUCAAUACAGGAGCGAAAACCGUCUCCUGCAUUCGUAAUAGUCUAAUAAAUAAGCUUUUUUGUCUAAUAUUUCCUCGCAUUUUCAGUGACACACAAAAUACACACCAGCAGUGCAUCCUUUUUAGAUUUUGUAUGAAGUUUACUGUAGAUCAGUUUAUAUUUUUGCAAAUGUAAAUAGUUUUUGGUGAUGUUUAUAUGUGCUAAAUACAAUAAAUUUUGAUUAUAUAAUAA